AUGCAAGGUGCAGAAGAAGAAGUUCAAGCAAAGUCGCGCAAUGAUGAGGACUCCAUAAAUUUUAGGCCCUCACCAAACUUCAAGCAUAUGAAAAAAUAUUUAAAAUCAAAAUUUGAAGAAGCUAACCAAAUGUCAGAUCAGUCAUCUCCAACUGAAAUGACGGAUGCUUCAACACGUACCAAUAUUCUUCAAGAAGUAAACCAUAAUGCCAAUGUGCAGCCCCCACUGCCACCUAAUCCGCCACCACCGGAUUCACCACCCAUGAUAACAAACUUAAAACAAGAGAUUGUGGAUGAUGAGUAUCAGAACAAUGAUGUUAACUCUCAAGAAUUUAUUCAAACUGAGGAAUUAAGAACUACUAUUAAAACGGAUCAAUCAGAAGCAACGGAAGAACCAAAAGUUAUUAUGUGCCGCAAUUUUGUGCGAGGCACUUGUAAGAAAGGCGCCGCCUGUAUAUUUGCUCAUAAAUUAAUUUUGUCACAGUUGCCUGGCGUAUAUACGUUUUGCCGCAACUUCCAAAACUCAGUCUGCUCAUUCCCAAAAUGUAAAUUUGUACACGCAACCGUGUUUGAAAAAGAAUACUUCUUUAGAUCAGGCUAUUUGCCUCCACACACAUUAGCACAUCUUAAAGAGAACAUCACAUCACAACCAGAUCCAACGCCACAAACAGAAGAAACUCCUGCAAAUACGCCUGCAGCUGCGUAUCCUUUAGGGCUAGCACCACCACCACCACCGGCUAAGCCAUGUAUGGUCCCUACUCAUAUGAAUUACGCAGUCCCUGACUCAACCUGUAAUAUCUACGGGACGGCUGUUUUAGGCCAAAAACGUGAUUGGGCCGGCGAUGAACAUGAAGUCAGCAGCUCUACGGAGGUUCCUCUUCUCAGCAAUGGUCACUCACCCGCAAAGAAGUGCAAAAUGUGUGAUAGCACAGAAAUCAGGGAGGAGUUGCUGAAGAGGAGGUUUGAAAGCCACAAGCAAAAGAUAGAAGAACUAAACCAAAAGAAUAGGGUUUUGCAGAUGAAAACCGCAAGGAUUUCUUCUGUUGUAGCAGCACUUUUCAAACCGAAAAUGCCGGGCACUGGCACGGGCACGGGUAAAGACAAUGGUUUGCUGGCUUCUCCAAGUUUCGCAGCCUACGUGGCCAAAAUGCUGCUGAAUACCGAGUCAGUGGUGCCCCCAGAUGCCUCGUGA